AUGUAUCACGAAACGGGCCGUCUUUCUACAGAUACCCCGGAAACGGCAGCCGCUCGGGAUCAACGAUUGAUAAUCCAGCGACGCCACCGCGUGGAACGACGCCAUGGCGUGCAGCCUUCGCAAACCCCGACGUUAAGCAGCUUGAUUGGACGAGAACAGCAGCUCAAUGCUGAGGACGAGGCGCCUACGACCAGCCGAGGCAAUUUGCGACCCGUGCAAGCCGCUGAGGGAGACGAUUUGGGUGGUGACACGGAUGACUUGCGACGCACACCGCCACGCCGUGGACGCCCUCCCAAACGCCGUUCUCCAUCUACGUCUUCGGCUCGGUCUCGCCGGCGCCUUCGCGGACGCCCUCGGCUAGCACGCAAUCCCCCCGGCCGCCCACGCAUGCACAACCUCCCCGAAGGAAACUUCCGCGCGAAUUUAACGAACCCGCGAUGCCUUCGUUGCAAGGAGCGAUGGUUUGACGUCAAGCUCAUGGCGGAUGGUGUUUGCAAGCGCUGUCAUGACAAAGAUGACAAGAAGCGGCAGGACGAACCUUUUCUCCUCUCCGCAGAGAACAAGCUUGAUUUUGAUGCCGUCCCACCCGAGUUGCCCCAACUAGAGCCGCUGGAGGAGCUUUUCAUUGCGCGUGUGCACGUCAGCGUCAAUGUCUUCACGGUAUACGAUGCUUCCCUGCGAGAGAGUGUACUAGCUAAUCAGCGUCAGGUGUACUCAGAGCUUCCCUUGCUGCCCAAGGAUUUGGACAUUGUCAUCCUCCGACCGCGUGGAUCCGAAGCGGUCGAACAGACGGAUCGACAAUUCCGCAACCGCUUCCGAGUCCGCCGAGCAGCAGUCGAGACAUGGCUCAGAUUCCUCGCCGACAACCACCUUGGCUACAGAAAUUUCACCUGGAACUACGACCUCUCCCAGUUGCCAGAGGACGGUGACGUCUUUGACCAGCUGAAUAUCCACGAGGUCGCCGAGUCUGGAGGGUUGCCUGCAGAUUCUGGCCCUGUUGAAGAACCGGAAGAGGACAGAGAGGUUGUUGACGAAGCCGCAGUGCUCAAUAUGCUAAUCCAUGGUUCGGAAUUGAACCAGCUUCAAGGGCGAGUCAAUGAUAGGGCUACUGAGGUCAAUGAGCAAGUGCCCCUAGAGUCAGUCGACCCCCAAGCUGCUCACCAGCUGCAGAUGCCUUCCAUCCGGCGCACUCCUCUCGAUGAGUUCAACCGAAAGCAUGCGCUGCUCUCUCUCGCCUGUCCGACCCUGUUUCCUCGGGGAGUUGCGGAUUUUGUCGAGCCCAGGCAGCGCAAGAUCUCCUGCCAGGAUUACAUCCAGCAUGCCAUGAAAUGGGAGGAUGGCCGAUUUGCCAAACACCACAGCUUCCGAUUUAUCGCGCUAAACACUCUGAUGAGGCAGCAGGCGAGGGGUCAUAGCCGAUUCUACGUCAGCAAGAACCACCGAACGCCUCUUACGAAGGAGGCGCUGCAGGAGGCGCUUGCCGAUCCGGACACGCCAGAGGCCCAGGCCAUCCUCAACCGGAUCUCUCGCUAUGCUAGUGUCAUCAAAGGCACACGUCCCUUUUGGUACCGCCGACGUCGCGAGUGCGAGUCUUUUGCGCACUGUCUUGGUGUCCCCUCUGCUUUCAUCACACUGAGCCCAGCCGACCUGCACUGGCAGAGCCUCUACCGGCACAUGCCCGAGUACGAGGAGUGGAAGGCGCUUGAUGAGCCGAGACGCAUGGCCAAGUCCCGCCGGCUGUUGCGGGAGAACCCGCAUAUCGCGGCCUGGCACUUCCACUCGCGGAACUCGCUUUGCAGGAAGAUUGUGCUGAAGAAAAAGUUCAAUGUGCCCGACUUUUGGUACCGGUACGAGUGGCAAGGCCGCGGCAGUAGUCAUUCUCAUGGGCUCUACUGGUUCCAUGGGAGCCCUGCUCCUGAUAUGGCAACCCCCGAGGCGAGAGAGCGCUUCGCAAGGAUCUGGGGAUAUCACGUUACAGCAGUCAGUCCGCAGCAAGAGCAGGGCGCUGACGAGGGUAACCCUCUGUCUGUUGACCCUCUGGAGACGCCCGUUACCUGGGAGUGGCUGAACAGGAUCGUCAACCGCUGUCAGCGACACCAGUACAAUCCACUGGUGUCUCUUUGCUGGCUGGCCAAUACGGACUGCUCGCCCUGCACGAGUGUAGAGGCUGUUAUCAACUAUGCUGGGAAGUAUUGCACCAAGUCUGAGGCCCAGACCAGCACAUAUGCGCAGAUUGCCCAGAGUAUCCUUCCCUACAUGUCAGACAACAACCCCAUGAUUUCUUUUGUUCUGAUGAAUAAACUAAUCGGAGAGAGGGACUACUCUGCGCAGGAGAUCUGUCAUAUCCUCCUGGGACUCCCUCUGCAAGAGGACAGCCGAGUGGUGCAGAGCGUUGACUGUAGGCCCCGCGAGAGACACGCUCGUGCAAUUGACAUCACGGCGGAUGGCAACAGUCUACGAGAAGCACGAAAUGCGGACAAAUGGGCGAUUUGGCGGCCUCCUGCGAUGCCUAGGGUGUUGUAUUAUUGCCCCCGGUACAAGCCGGUCCGCUCCCAUCGGCAGUACUCCGACUUCUGCCGUGUCAAGCUGCUGCUCAGCUAUCCCCACCGCCAGACGGAAGAUCUGUCCCAGGUUGAUGGUCGAAAGUUCGACAACUAUUCAUCUGCCUAUCGCUACUGCCUCGAGCAUCAUGACCACCCGGACGAUCACUAUGACACUAUUGACGAGCCUGAUCCGUCUCCGGAUGAGGAGGAGUUUGAGCCAGGGGGGGACGCCGGGGACAUUACCCUCGAGGACUGGCAGGAGACGGGUGAAGACACUCGGCGGGCUGAUGUUUGA